AUGUCCGCAGAGAGCCCUGGCCCGAAGCCGGGCUUCCGAGCCUUCUUAUCAAGUGCCUUGCGGUCCAAGAAAUCGCGCCAAACCCUGCGCAAGGCCAACCGCUCGACGACGGAUCUACGGCUGGCCUCACGAUCCAGCGCCGACGAGCCGCCGCCACCAAUGCCCGCCUUGGCACCGUUGCAGGCCCACCGGCUCAAGUACGAGCAGGCACAUGCGCAUCUCGACUCGCAAUUGGGAGAGUACCGCGACUUUACGACUAUGAUACACUCGCUGGGGUUGCUGGAGCCGGAUGAUACAUAUGGACCGGCGGAGAUUGACAACGCGUAUCGAAAGCCGGGCGAAGAGGACAUUGCGAAGUUGUCGCCGGAGAUGUGGAAUUACAUUGCUGGAUUCUUGAACCCGACCGACGCGGCAAGCCUGGCGUUUGCCAGUAUCACGUUGUAUCGUCGCCUGGGCACACAGCCGUUCAUGCUUCUGGAACGGCCGGAAAACUAUAAUUACAAGAUUGACUUUCUCGUCGGGCUUGAUCGGUCAUUACCCCACCACCUCCUAUGUUUUCCAUGUGGACGAUACCAUCGGCGAACGCAAGAAGGCCAAGAGCGCAUCAGACCGGCCCACGUCAUCAACCUGCUCUACAACUGCCCGAACGCGCAGAACUCCCUCAACCCACCACCGAAGAACCGCAUCACCCACGGGCGCAUUAUGCACUUCUCCUUCGUGCAGCUCACAAUGCGCGCGCACCGCUUCGGCCGUGAAUAUGGCAUACAAGCCGAAGACCUCGGCCGCCGCUGGCAACGCGACGGCUGGUCCUUCAGCUCGCGCUUCCUUAUCUACGAAGGCCGGCUGCUCAUGCGCGUCAAAAGCCAGACCUUCGCGGAGCCAGGCCUAGUUCCCUCAGCGCAGCGACUUCUCCUCUACUCGCGCGAAGACUACUGUCCCUACUUCUCGGCGUGCGCACACUGGCGUGACGGCGAGCUCAUGCCCGCCUGCAAAUGCGCGCUCGAACACAUUCCGAAACCGCGGGACACGGGCGGGCUGCAAGGCCUCGAGCACAAGGUCAAGGACCGGUUGCAGGGCCGGCAAUUUGAUCCCCACGCGCUGACGUUGCUGUGCGGCUUCUGUCGGCCCAUGCGGCGCUGCCCCGAGUGUCCGUCCGAAUACUUGAUCGAGGUCAAGAUCUCCGAGGACAAGAGCAGCCCACGUGAGAUUGUGUUCAGGCAGACGAUUGUGGUGACCCGCUGGACAGAUCUGGGCGAUGGGACGACACCGGGUGGGCUGGAGUGGGGAGCCAUCAAUGGGAAGCGCGAUGAUUAUGACUCAUUUGCGCACUAUGCGAAGCGUGGCAUCGCAAGUAUCUUUGAGGCGGCGUUUACGGCAGACACCUUGCCUGGGCAGCGGGUUAUUUCGAUGAAUCCAAACAAGAAGAAGCUUGGGGAAGAUGGACAUGAUUGGUAUUAG